AUGGCCUCAGGUUCUUGCCGACAGUGUAUGCAAGACUGCACUGCCUUCGUUCCAUCUGUUGAAGGCGACGAAUCCGUAUGUUUUAACCUUGAUGCGUCUGAGGUCAUUACUCAAACACCUUUCAGUCUCCUUGCCUAUGCGACCAUCCAGCUCACUUUCAUCAAACCUCUCAAAAUAGACGGGUCCUUCCCAGUCGUGCAGGCCUACCUGCACAGCAAUGCUUUGCAUUUAGGACCGAUGGUGCUCCUGUCACCGAUUUUUAUCAAGAAUGUCAAUGUGGAGGUCGAUACAAUCAACACCUCCCUCUCCCCUCUGUGUAAUCGAACUACACCAUCAAGUAAUGCUCGAAACUCUGCUUCCAUCAACAUCACGCCUGCAGCAGCGCUGUCUUCUGACAUAUGUAACCGUGGAGCGCCGAUCUCUACCAGACCCCCUGCUCCUGAACCCUCCCCAUCUUUAUGGUCUGCUCCCCUCCCUCCUAUGCCCAUGUAUCAAAUGCCUUCUGUCACCCCGUAUAAUCGUGUAACUCCGCACUGCAUGCCUUCUUCUGGUAUUCCCCUUCCUGCUCCUCCUAUUCACACCUUGAACGGUGGUAGCCGAAACCGUGGCAACCGCAAUCGAACCUUUGCAUCACGCAAGCCUUACGAAAUCACAGGCCAAGCAUGCCGUAUCAAUAAAACAUAUAAAUUAUCCGUUGAACUUGUAAUGUAUCCUUAUGAUUUUAUCCCUCCGCCAACGCAUGUUCAAGAUGGACUUAGUGUAUUUGACGAGUCGGCUGACAUCAACAUCUCCUGCCCAGACCGACUUCCAUGCGGUGAAGCCUUUGCUGCCCAGCUCCGAUUUUUUUCCCAGUAUCACUGUACCCGUCGCAUCGAACUCCACGUCUCAACCCCCAACAAACUAGUGAUCGAUCAGAUCUACCAAGGCGUUCACACCAUGAUGAACCAUGGAUCCCUCCAAUUCCCUACGUACUCGGAUAUGAACUUUGACCUGGAUGUUGGCGAGGAGAACCGGGAUAUUCGCAUCCAGUACGCACGUCUUCCCUUCCGAUUGCUUGUGCCUGGUAACCGCAGCAAAUAUGGUCGAGCUCUCAAUGUGGAUUGUGAAGAUUCCUGGCAUCGCUACUCGUUCUCAUCAUUGAGUAAGCUUGCCAAGCGCAUGGAUCAUCCUUCAGGCUUUGGGACAGGAAUAUUAUUAUUAUGCCCCAAGGAAGGUGCAAUUAUUGGCCCCAUCUCACCUGGAAGUACUGAGAAGCACUCAUGCUUUGUGGACCACAUCCAUCACUUUCUCGAUGGUGGUGAUGCAGGUGCUACCAUACCAUGCCGACUUCUGUGCCCACAUGUUCCCAGUCAUACUUCCAGGCCCCGAUCUCAUUCUGUUAUUGAUUCCGACAUCGAUGAUGAUUUGGACAAUAACAUGAGCAUCACAUCACAUCUAUCACCUAUCGACCUUACAGACUCACCUGUAAUAAUCGAAAAUCCACUGCCUGAGGAUAUUCCUAGCCGCUCUUCUCAACAGACACGAGUCUCCCCUGGCCUGCAGCUUCUUAAUCUCAACCCGCCACCCCCUCCUCAUGCUUCACAACCUUCUUUGCCUACUAGACCCCGUUCUGUAUACACGCCCUCUCAGCCUCCUUCCCUCAUUGAUUUUGCUGCGCUUGAUAGGGACGUUCGUGCUUCAGGACCUGAGCUUUUACGGAAUGCGGUAUGGCAUGUUCGAUCAUCGUCCCUUGAAGUUACAGUCAAAGGAUUGCUUGCUUUCAUUAUUCAAGCUCGCCAUCAUCCUGCCGGACCAUUCCAUGCUCCACCGGACUUGCCCACUCAUUUUAUGCUCAUCCCCCAUAAUGUCCGGCUCCAUGAAAUAUGGUCCAUGCAUUGGUUAUUCCGAGCGGGCCGGUCAGGUGAUACUAUAGGCGAUGGUGUCACACAUCAGGUUCUCUAUGAAGCAAUACACAUUGCCAGUAACCGCACCUGCCAGGACCCGCAAAGCACUGAGGAUGGCUUUGUGUUCCUCCAAGUUGAUGAGUUCCCUGAUGCCGAUCAGGAAGACUAUGCGUUUGCACUGGGUGUCUUAUGCGCUAUGUUCUUGCUACGUGUACACUCAGCACCGCUUCCAGUUUCCCCAGCACUCCUCCAAGUAACUAUUGGGGGAAUAGAUUCCUUGGUCGACUCUGCAUGGCUAGAAGCCAUCCUUCCAGAUACAUUCAACGUCCUCAAACUUUUCCCAUCAUCUGCUGGCGCUGCUCAAGAUUUCUCUCAUCUUACUCCCCAAGAGGUCCUGGACCUCCAGCAUAUUUUAUGCCACGUUGGCAAGCAAACACUCGCACAACUAUCUUGUACACGCGCAGCGCAGUGGCCGAACAUGAUACGAGCCUUACAUGCUUCAUUACUUCUUGGUGUUCGAGCACCCCAACUCCAUGAGUCUACAAUAUAUGCCGCAUUCCGCCAGGGUCUUGAUCAGGCUUUGUCUCCAACCCAUCACUCAUUCAUUGAUGCUAUCGCAGACUCAUCCAAGUUUCUUUUAUAUGAAGCAUACGGCUGCCAUCGUUUAAAUUCCCCUUUGCAGUUAUUUCCUCUCCUGUCAUUUGACAUACUUGGAGAUGCAGAUUUUGAGAAUGAUAUGGCUACCCUGUUGCCAAACCUAAGGGAACAUGUGGAGCGUUAUUUCAAGGGAGUCGGGCACCCUGAUGACCCUCUCUUUACCAACCUCGUCAGUUCAACUCAGCUAGCUAUUGAUAACCAGGAUGUAUGCUAUCGUGCUCGUCGCUUUGUGAAGCUAAUAAGCGGCAUCACCCUUCUGCCUCCUGGGCUCAAAGACUUCACUAUUGCUAUACACCAAGACAUUUCCAUUUCAGCAACAUUCAAUGGUCAUUAUGAUAUCCACAAAGACUUCCUGCCGCCUAUGUUUCAUGCCUGCACGUACCAAAUGGACCUAUGGGCCAACAAUGCACUUCGCUCAUUUUUACGCUCCCCUCUUCCCCGAGACGAUAAUAUAGUAACACCCUUUGAUGCCUGCCUUCAUGCUGCCCUCAUUGACGCCGGUGAGGAUAGUUUUAAUGCAUGA